AUGAAUCUACAAAAGCAUAUUUCUACUAGAGAGGGCCAGCGUCGUCUUAUUUCUAUACAACUGGAGAAAUUCAACAACGAGUUGUCACAGUGGGAGAAGACAGCCCUGCUCGAAAUCAUGGAGGAGAAGGCAGAGAUCAUCAAGAAUCUGAACGAGAAGAUUGUAAAUCAUCCAGGUGUUGACGAUUUGGAAACAGAACUGGUAGAUAGUGAUGAAUAUUCCAUUGACUCACGUUUGAAACUACGGAAACUGAAGGAGGACAUCACGAAGUCUAGUGACACUAAUAGCGGCAGUGUGAUCCGUGAUUCGCAGGAUUUUAACGGUAGUGCUACAACUGUAUCAGGUGAGAACGUUUCUCAUUCUAGUAGAUCUAUUUAUAGAGUACAAUCUGAUAAUUCGUCAUUUCAUAGACUACCUAAACUGAGCUUACCGACGUUUGAUGGAAAUGUCGCACAAUGGCAAUCAUUUUGGGACUCAUAUGAGGCUGCUGUACAUUUGAACCAACCUCUGUCUGAUGUCCAAAAGUUUAACUACUUACGUUCCUUACUGCAAGACACUGCAUCUACCGCCAUAGCAGGUUUUCCACUGACUAACGCAAAUUAUGAAGAAUGCUAUUGA